AUGCAUUCUUCCAAAGCUAUAAUUAAAAGUGAUCAUCAUGGAGACAAAAGAAGACUUAAUCAUAAAGCUCCAAGGAAAACAUACACAGGAUGUACAGCUGGGAUCACUAUCAGCAUCCGGCACAGUAAUGAAAAAUCAAUCAAGAAGGAUUUUAAGGAUAGAAAAAGGGCACAAUUUCCUGCUAUAAUAACACUGAAAGGCCUCCAUGACCAUUCUUUGGAGACAGCAAAUGCUCUAAGAGAAUUGAGGGUGUUGUCAGACAUCAAAAAAAUGUUUAACACCUAUUUUGAAAUCGGUAUGAAUCCAACAGCUGCCUCCCUUUACCACUUGGAAAAAACGAACUUCCAAGAUCUUUUUGGCACGGCAAAUCACAGUAUCAAUCCAUCCUUGCGUACCAUCCAGUAUCUAAAGGAUGUGUGGCUUAAGGACCAUGGAGGAGGAUUUGACAACAUGACUAUGCUCAACAUGCUCAACAAGUACUAUGAGCAAAACCCCAAACUAACCAUCAAAUCUUAUGUAACAGCGGAUGGUGUGUUCUGUAUCGCACUUAUCACUCCUUUCAUGAGGAGAGUUCAUGAACACAUGAAAGAGGCAGGGGAAAUAGUGUUUGUGGAUUCGAUCUCAAACUCUGCUGACUAAUUGAAUAUAGCAGUCACACCGAUACUUUGUGCGUCACCAUCAGGGGCUUUGCCUCUUGCUAUGCUGUUUCAUUCUAGUCAGGAGGAAGAAAUGUAUA